AUGAACAAGGACGAAGUAUUUCUUCGGCAAUGGUUUGAGAUACUAUACUCGCUCACUAAUCCAGAGGCGAAUAGUGACUUGCGUAGGAUCAACAACGAAAAAGGUGUAGAGAAAGUAGGGCAAAAGAGGUCAGCUGAGUCGAGGAGAGAAGGAAAGAAGAAGCGAGUUAAGACACAGUGCGUGAUUAAAUCUUCAGACAAAUCUGAUCAUGAUACCUUGUUGAAGAAGAAACGGCGGGAACGUAUAAGAAGGCAACUAGAAACACUUAAGGAAAUUACACCCAACUGCCCACAGUCUGAUAUCAACGCCAUCCUUGAUUGCGUUAUCGAGUACACGAACAACUUGCGCCUUGCACAUUACAAGGGUUCGCAGGGAAUAUGUGACGACUGGAGACUGUUUACUGAAGCUGGUGCCGUUUUGUAUUAUAUAGAUACUUGA